UCUCUCAUCAUCCCCCAGGGAACACGUCUGCGGCUUUCGACAUUUCCCCCACACUCCUUCUCUCACCCCUAUACCCAUCUCGAAGACUGCAAAUCACAGUCUUUUGUCCCUUCCGAGCAUCACCAUGGCUCCCGAGAAGCUGCGAUACGAUGGCCAGACCGUCGUGGUGACGGGUGCCGGCGGCGGGCUGGGAAAGGCGUAUGCCGUCUUCUUCGGCUCUCGAGGCGCCAAUGUCGUCGUCAACGACCUCGGCGGCAGUGCUAAAGGCGAGGGCAGCGGCAAGAACAUGGCCGACGAAGUGGUCAAGCAGAUCCGCGACGCAGGCGGCAAGGCCGUGGCCAACUACGACGAUGUGAUGAACGGCGAAGCCAUUAUCAAGACGGCCAUUGACAACUUCGGACGCAUCGAUGUGCUGAUCAACAACGCCGGCAUCCUGCGCGACAUCAGCUUCAAGAACAUGAAGGAUCAAGAUUGGGAUCUCAUUAUGAAGGUGCACGUGCAGGGCGCGUACCGGUGUGCAAGAGCUGCGUGGCCGCACUUCCGGAAACAAAAGUACGGCCGAUUGAUCAGCACUGCUUCUGCUGCUGGCCUGUACGGCUCAUUCGGACAAACCAACUACUCUGCGGCCAAGCUUGCCCUAGUGGGCUUCACAGAAUCUCUUGCGAAGGAGGGCGUCAAGUACAACAUCCUGUGCAACACCAUCGCGCCAAUCGCCGGCUCUCGCCUGACGGCCACUGUCAUGCCCCAAGAAGUCCUCGAGCUGCUCAGACCCGAGUUUGUGGUUCCCUUGGUCGCCGUCUUGUGCCACUCCUCCAACGAAGACGAGACUGGUUCCAUCUUCGAGGUCGGCGGUGGUUACGUUGCCAAGAUCCGUUGGGAGCGGACCCAAGGUGCUCUGCUUCGUGCCGACGAGUCCUUCACUCCAGGCGCGUUGCUCCAGAAGUGGAAGGAUGUUGCCGACUUUUCGCGCGAGAAUCAGCACGCCAGUGGGCCGGCAGAUUUUGCCGGUCUUCUCGAGGAUGCUCAGAAGCUUCCCAAUAACCCGAAGGCCGAGGAACUCGACUUCAAGGGCAAAGUCGCCGUCGUCACCGGCGGUGGCGCAGGUCUAGGCAGAAUCUACUGUUUGUCAUUGGCCAAAUAUGGUGCUAAAGUUGUUGUCAACGACCUCGCUGAUCCCGAGCCUGUUGUGAAAGAGAUCAAAGACAUGGGAGGUGAGGCUUUUGGCGUAAAGGCCAGUGCCGAAGACGGUGACAAGAUUGUCAAGGCCGUGAUUGACAAAUACGGCCGCAUUGACAUCCUCAUCAAUAAUGCCGGUAUCCUGCGCGACAAGUCUUUCAACAACAUGACGCACGAGCAAUUCGACCAGGUUCUGAACGUGCAUCUGCGCGGUACCUACAAGACCACCAAGGCCGCCUGGCCGUAUUUCCAGAAGCAGAAGUAUGGCCGAGUUGUGAACACCACUUCUUCCACUGGUAUCUACGGCAACUUCGGACAGGCAAACUACGCCGCAGCAAAGGCCGGCAUUCUCGGCUUCGCCAGAGCCCUGGCUCUCGAGGGCGCAAAGUACAACAUUCACGUCAACACCAUCGCCCCCAACGCCGGUACAGCGAUGACAAAGACCGUCCUCCCCGAGGAAUUGGUUCAAGCCUUCAAGCCGGACUACGUCGCGCCGAUCGUGAUGCUUCUCUGCUCCGACAAGCUCCCCGCACCCGGCACCGGCCGUCUGUUCGAGUCCGGCUCCGGCUGGGCCGCCGAGACGAGAUGGCAGCGUACCGGCGGUUGGGGCUUCCCUGUCGACAAGGAGUUCACGCCUGAAGAUCUGCUCGCGAAGUGGGACAAGGUGCGCGAUUUCGACGACGGCCGCGCCGAGUAUCCCAAGAGUGCGCAAGAGUCGACGGAGAAGAUCAUGGCCAAUGCCAACAAUAAGGUCAACAAGGGCAAGUCGUCUGGUGGCGAGGGCGAUUACGUGCAAAAGAUCCAGGAGGCUCUUAAGGCGAAGGCCGACGGGACCGACUACAGCUAUGAUGAGAAGGAUAUCAUUCUGUACAACCUCGGCAUCGGCGCGAAGCGAUCAGACCUGCAUCUUGUCUACGAGAACAACGACGAUUUCCAGGUUGUUCCUACGUUCGGAAUCAUUCCACCAUUCAAUGCCGUGGCGCCAUUCAGUCUCGCCGAGCUCAUGCCCAAUUUCUCACCCAUGAUGUUGCUGCACGGCGAGCAGUACCUGGAAAUCCGACAAUUCCCCAUUCCAACCGAAGCAAAUCUGGUCGCCUAUCCCAAGCUAGUGGAGAUUGUGGACAAGAAGAAGGCUGCCGUUGCCGUGGUCGGCACCACCACGCAGGACAAGAAGACGGGCAAAGACGUCUUCUACAGCGAAUCCACCGCCUUCAUCCGCGGCUCCGGCGGCUUUGGCGGCAACUCCCAAGGCGCAGACCGGGGCAACGCCACCAAAAUCUACCAACCCCCGAAGCGCAAGCCCGACGUUGUCAUCGAAGAGAAGACCACGGAAGAGCAAGCAGCCAUCUACCGGCUCUCGGGCGACCGCAACCCGCUGCACAUCGACCCCGAGUUCAGCAAAGUCGGCGGCUACAAAGUCCCCAUUUUGCACGGCUUGUGCUUCUUCGGCAUCGCGGGCAAGCACAUCCUCAACAACUUUGGCGCGUUCAAGAAUAUCAAGGUGCGCUUUGCGGGCGUGGUGAUUCCGGGCGAGACGGUGGUCACGGAGAUGUGGAAGGAGGGGAAUACCGUUGUCUUCCAGCAGAAGGUGAAGGAGACGGGCAAGUUGAGUAUUUCUGGCGCUGGUGCGGAGCUGGUGGAUGGGGGGAAGAGCAAGUUGUAGAGCUUGUAGUAUGGCUUGGUUAACAGGUGCUCGAUUUGGUGAUUAAUACACAUCCACUUCCCUAUGAUUACUUUCACGCCAGAAG